AUGUCAGAAUCUGCACAAUUUUCCUUCGCCAGAGAGGAAGAACAGGUUCUUGCCUUCUGGAAUGAAAUUGAUGCUUUCCACAGAGUCUUAGAAAUUACCAAGGAUAAACCAGAGUUCUCCUUUUUUGAUGGACCACCAUUUGCCACUGGUACUCCUCACUAUGGUCACAUUCUAGCAUCUACCAUUAAGGAUGUGGUUCCUCGUUAUGCUACCAUGACUGGUCAUCACGUUGAUAGAAGAUUUGGUUGGGAUACUCAUGGUUUACCAAUUGAACAUAUCAUUGACAAGGAAUUAGGGAUUACUGGUAAAGAAGAUGUUUUCCGUUAUGGUCUUGAGAACUACAAUAACAAAUGUAAAUCCAUCGUUAUGACUUAUGCAAGUGAAUGGAGGAAAACUAUUGGACGUCUUGGUCGUUGGAUUGAUUUUGAUAAUGAUUACAAAACUAUGUAUCCAUCAUUUAUGGAAUCUGAAUGGUGGGCAUUCAAACAAUUAUAUGAAAGGGGUCAAGUUUACCGUGGAUUCAGAGUCAUGCCAUACUCUGUUGGUUGUACUACACCAUUGAGUAAUUUUGAAGCUCAACAGAACUAUAAAGAUGUCAAUGAUCCUGCAGUCACAAUUGGAUUUAAUGUUUUAGGUCAAGAAAAGACUCAGUUAGUUGCAUGGACUACCACGCCGUGGACACUACCUUCCAAUUUAGCAUUAUGUGUUAAUCCAAAUUUUGAAUACGUCAAAAUUUAUGAUGAGAACAAAGACCGUUAUUUCAUCCUUUUGGAAUCUUUGAUUAAGACUCUUUACAAGAAACCAAACAAUGAAAAGUAUAAGUUUGUGGAGAAAAUCCCAGCAAAGGAAUUGGUUGGUUUAAAAUACGAACCAUUGUUCCCUUACUUCACUGAAGUUUACGGUGAAAGAGCAUUUAAAGUCAUUGCGGAUGAAUAUGUGACAAGUGAUUCCGGUACCGGUAUCGUCCAUAACGCACCAGCCUUCGGUGAAGAGGAUUACAACGUUUGUUUGAAAUAUGGUGUCAUCGAAAAAGAUUUAGAGUUACCUAACCCAGUUGAUGAUGCAGGUAAAUUCACAAAGGAAGUGGUAGAUUUCCAAGGUACCUUUGUCAAAGAUGCUGAUAAGGAAAUCAUUAAACAUUUAACCGCUAAAGGAAACUUGUUACUUGCUUCACAAAUUCGUCACUCUUACCCAUUCUGUUGGAGAUCCGAUACACCAUUGUUGUAUCGUAGUGUUCCGGCAUGGUUCGUUCGUGUUAAGGAAAUUGUUCCUCAAAUGUUAGAUUCCGUCCUUAAGUCACAUUGGGUUCCUCAGGCUAUUAAAGAGAAAAGAUUUGCUAACUGGAUCGCUAAUGCCCGUGAUUGGAACAUCUCUAGAAACAGAUAUUGGGGUACUCCAAUUCCAUUAUGGGUUUCUGAAGAUUAUUCUGAAAUUGUAUGUAUUGGUUCUGUGGAAGAGUUGGAAGAAUUGAGUGGUGUGAAAGGAAUUAAAGAUUUGCACAGGGAUAGCAUUGACCAAAUCACCAUUCCUUCACAAAAAGGUAAUGGUACUCUAAGAAGAAUUGAGGAAGUUUUCGACUGUUGGUUCGAAUCUGGUUCUAUGCCUUACGCUCAAUUACAUUAUCCUUUCGAAAACACUGAAGAAUUCAAAUACAGAGUUCCAGCAAAUUUCAUCUCUGAAGGUUUGGAUCAAACCAGAGGUUGGUUCUAUACACUUUCUGUGCUAGGUGUUCAGUUAUUUGGUGAAGUUCCUUACAAGAAUGUCAUUGUGUCUGGUAUCAUCUUGGCCGCUGACGGUAGAAAAAUGUCUAAAUCUUUGAAGAACUACCCUGAUCCUAACAUUGUUUUGGACAAAUAUGGUGCAGAUGCUUUAAGAUUGUAUUUGAUCAAUUCUCCUGUUUUGAAAGCUGAAACUUUGAAAUUUAAGGAAGAAGGUGUUAAGGAGGUUGUUUCUAAAGUUCUAUUGCCAUGGUGGAACUCUUUCAAGUUUUUGGAAGGUUCAAUUGCAUUAUUGAAGAAGACCUCGAAUGUUGACUUCAAAUACAACCCUGCCGCUACCACCGAUAAUGUCAUGGAUAGAUGGAUUCUUGCCUCUUUACAAUCAUUGGUCCAAUACAUUCACCAAGAGAUGGAAGUCUACAAGUUGUACUCUGUUGUGCCAAGACUAUUGAAUUUUAUCGAUGAAUUGACCAACUGGUACAUUAGAUUUAACCGUCGUCGUUUGAAGGGUGAAAACGGUGUUGAAGACUCUUUGAAGGCAUUGAACACUCUAUUCGAAGCCUUGUUCACUUUCGUUCGUGCCAUGGCUCCAUUCACUCCAUUCCUUUCUGAUGCAAUUUACAGAAGACUACACCAAUUCAUUCCACAAGACGUUCUUGCUAAGUUCGGUAAAGAUGAUAGAUCGGUUCACUUCUUGUCUUAUCCAGAAGUGAGAAAGGAAUUCUUUGAUGAGGCCAUUGAAAGAUCCGUCUCUAGAAUGCAAACUGUCAUUGAAUUGGGUAGAAACAUCCGUGAAAAGAAAACUAUUUCAUUAAAGACACCUUUAAAGACUCUUGUCAUCUUGCACAACGACAAACAAUACUUGGAAGAUGUGGAAGAAUUGAAGGGAUACAUCAAUGAAGAAUUGAACGUUCGUGAUAUUGUCAUCACUUCUGAAGAACAAAACUACGGUGUAGAAUACAAGGCGGUCGCUGAUUGGCCAACUUUGGGUAAGAAGUUGAAGAAGGAUGUCAAGAAGGUUAAGGAUGCAUUGCCAAGUGUUAGCACCGCUGAUGUUCGUAAAUAUUUGGAAACUGGUACUCUUGAAGUGGCAGGUAUCCAAUUGGUAGAAGGUGAUUUGAACGUCGUCAGAGGUCUUCCUGAAAAUGCUGUGGAACAUGGUCAAGAAAGUAGAUCCUACCAAGACGUCUUGAUUAUCCUAGACACCAAGAUCUAUCCUGAAUUAAAGACCGAAGGUCUUGCUAGAGAAUUGGUCAACAGAAUCCAAAAAUUAAGAAAGAAGUGUGGAUUAGCUGCUACUGACGAUGUUCUGGUCGAAUAUGAAUUGAUUAAUGACACCAUAGAAUUCGAAAACGUCGUCAAAGAGCAUUUGGCAAUGUUGACAAAGACUUGCAGAUCCGAUAUUGUCAAAUGUGAUGGUAAAAAGACCGACGCUAUUGCUGAUGAGGAGCAAACCAUCAACGAUACAGCUUUCAAGCUAAAGAUCUUCAAAUUAUAA